AAAACUAGACGAAAAUGGGUAGCUGGUCACUUGAAGUAUUCAAAAUGGCAAUGUACAUGACAUUCCCGGUCGCCAUGUUUCACAUUUUCAAUCAACCGGCAUAUUUCGAAGAAUGGGUAACCAAAAAGAAGCGUGAACUAUAUCCACCAGAAAGUUUGGGACAUCGUGAGACGCUGCAACAGGCAAUCAAGGAACAUCGUGAAAAACAAGAUCAGAAAUUCUUGAAAGCCUUGGAAGAUAUUGAAAAGAAGCAAUCAUCAUAGAUAGAGAG